AUGGAUAAGGGAUCUCUCAUUAAAGAUUUUUCAAAUUUGCUUGAAAGUUCUCAAGACUUUGAUAUAAAAAUUAAAGUUGGCGAAGAACCAAAUAGUAAAGAAUUUAAGGCUCAUGCUAUUAUCCUAUCAGCAAGAUCUGAUUAUUUUAAAACCGCAUUGUCAUCACGAUGGGUAAAGAAAGAAAAUGAAGUUAUCAUUUUCAAUAAACCUAACAUUUCACCAACAGUGUUUGAAAUUCUUAUAAAUUAUAUUUAUACUGGAGUAUUUUCAGAUAACAAUAACGUUGACCUUCUCGAUAUUUUUAUUGCAGCUGAUGAGAUUCAAUUAAAUGAAAUUAAACAAAAAGUUGAAAAACGCUUGCUUGAAACUGAAUCAGCUUGGAAAUUUCCUCGAGACUUUAUUACAAUAUGUAAACAUAAUACUUUCACCGAUUUAUAUCAAACUGCAUUAGAACUUGUAUGCAGAAAUCCUAAAGUUAUUUUUGAUUCGAACGAUUUUUCAAAAAUAGAGGAAGAUGAUCUAAUUAAACUUUUGAAAUCUGAUAGACUUAGAUUAGAAGAAAUUGAAAUUUGGGAGUAUUUAAUUAAAUGGGGAAUUGAAAAUACCGAAUCUAUUUUAGAUGAUGACUUAACUGAAUGGACGCAAACUGAUUUCAUAGAACUUGAGAAAGUUUUACAUAAUUGUAUUCCUCAUAUUAGGUUUUUUCAGUUAUCAUUUGAUGAACUUCGCUUAAUUACAACUAAAUAUAAAAAUAUUUUACCAGAUGAUCUUAUUGAAAAAAGUUUCCAAUAUUUAUCUGAUCCUAAACCUAAGUGUAAUUUACCAAAAAGAGAACUAGCUUAUUCUUUUGAUUCUAAUAUCAUCGAGGCUAAAGACGCUGCAUUAAUAGCAAGUUGGAUUGAUAAGAAACAAGGAAUGCCUUAUCUAAGCGGUGUUUCUUCUCAAAAAGAAGCAAUCACCUGGGGUACUGCUAAAGGACCAUGCUUUGGUUUCAAAGAUUUAUGGAUAGAAGAUAAUUCUUAUAAUUCACAAAGUUCUGUCAUUGGUACAAGUAAAAAACACUCUUAUGAAAUAGGAAUCAUUGACAAUGAAACAUUUGGAAUAGAAGAAUAUGAAGUAUUUCAAAUUAUUCAUAAGAAAUUCUCAUUUAAUUUAGCAUUUAAUG